UUCCGUCGCGGCUUAGUGACGUAGCUACUCGGUGACCGUGAGCAGUUUGAAAAAAGGACAUGUGCUAAAAGGAUAAACCAUGAAUUUCUCGGCGGUAUUUAACAGCCUCAGACAGUCUCUGCUCCGCGCUGAGAGCAGGCUGCUGCAGGCGGCCGGACUGGACCGACAGCUGGCUCCGGCCCUGGCAGUGACUGGCCCCAGCCUCCUUCCUCCGCAGAGCUCAGACCAGACCCCCGGCCUUUUAGACAGCAUCCUGUGGAUGGCAGCACCUAAGAAGAGACGCACAAUCGAGGUCAACCGCACCAGGAGGAGAUCUGACAGCAAACUCCUGAAACUCCAGAACAACAUCGAGCCGUGUCCGGAGUGCGGCCACCUCAAGCAGAAACACGUCCUGUGCGGCUUCUGUUACGCCAAAGUGUGCAAGGAGACGUCUCUGAUCCGUGAGGAGAUAAAGAGAAUGGAGGGCGGCCCUCUGAGGGCCCCGGCCGUGGAGACCGUCGUGGUGUACGAGGGCGAAACGGAAAGACAGGAAGACAAAGACAAGCGUAUAGUGGAGAGGGCCAGGAAGAGGCCCACAUGGUUCAACCUCUGAUGCUGCAUCCAACAUGCUGGGCGUCAGACGUCUGUUCAGAGAGACACAGAUAAACUCCAUCUUUCAGUUUGAUUCUCACCAACAGGGAGUGAAGUUGAAGCAACGCAGCACCGUGUAUCAUUGUGGUUUUUCUUUUACAAUAAAUUCUUUAUUUAA